AUGCCUUUUAAUGUAUAUUUUGUAUAUAGAGGACUGAUGAUAGGUCAGAAACGCGCAUAUAGUUGUAUACAGCGUGUUGCAGAGGUACGUUCAAUACGGGCUGCAUUACAUGCGCUUCAAACGUUUCUUGAACAGCGUCACUGGGAAGAAGCAGCGAAGGAGCUUCAGAAACUUCAAAAAUGUCGUCAAGAGUCUUAUGAGUGCAAAGAUGGUCUUUUUUCGGAUCAGAAUAGCCAAAAAUUGAGUCAGCCAUGCACUUUAGAUGAUCAUCGGGGUAUUUUAGAAGGUUUUGCAGCAGAAGCAGUACCUACAGCGUCUAUUCCAGACGCAGAGGCUGCUCUUGCAUCAGCAGAGGCUGCAUUGGUUUAUAUAUUUCUGCGUGAAUUUGAGGCAGCGGCUGCUGCAAAUGAUGCGCCUACAAUGACACAUUUUUUCCGUAUGUUUCCUAUUAUUGGACGUAUGAAUGAGGGUCUUGAUGCGUAUAUACGUGUUAUUACACAGAGAAUUACGCUAUAUACAUUGCAGCAUACUGCAAAUGAUACUGCAUCGGUAACUACAGCAACUAAUGGGUCCGUUUCAAGCAUUUCUGCCACAUCAGUUGUAGACGCUGGAAUGGCUUCUAUUAGCUUGCCAUCGAAUACUCUAAAUGAUAGUGGUAUUUCAGAUGGUGCAUUGAGUGUUUCGAGUAGUAUUUUUAAUACGUCUCUUAAAUCACCUAGUAUUUCUGAAAAGAAUAGUACCUCAGUUCGUACACAGGGUAGUAUUUUAGAUAGUGUUUUAAAUAAGGUUCAUACAUCUGCUACAAACUUUAACACAACAAUCGCGUCUACUAGCUCUUUAAGUGGAAUUAGUACAUCUUCCUCUAUUUUUGGUAGAUUUUCACAUGAUUCUUCAAAUACUGCUUCAAAUGAUAUUUCAGUCGGUAUAUCUUCUGGAUUUAGUACAUUACCUGGUCUUUUAAAUACUUCUGCUUCAUCUCGCAUGACAAAGCUUCUUGAAUAUGUAGCAAAAGUCAUGGAGAUGCAUGUGCCUGUUGUGAUUCAAUCUUAUGGAUAUACAGCAGCAUGUUUUAUUUUAGAACAGCUUCAUAAGGCAUGCCUUCAAAGCUGUGCAAUUUUGGUUGAAAUGUUUUGGAAAGAACGUCAGGUUGCAAGAAAGCUCAUAUAUACUCAAUCAUAUGCAUUUGAAUUUCUUAUUAAAUCAUUUUCAUCCUCACACUCUCUCCAAUCUUCACUUUACACAAAUACACCAACUAUAACAAAUACAAGCAAUAUUUCCAGAAAUUCCUCUGUUGAUAAAAUUAACGUUGUAACUGAAGAAAUUGAUAUUAAAAAUAUUGAUUUACUUUUAACGGAAGUUUCAGACAUGUUACACAAGUGGUCAUUGUAUGAUCGGUUUGUUGCACGAAAAUUCCAGGUACUGCAUAACGAAUCAGUGAAACAAAUGAAUUCAACUGUGCUGUUUUCGUCGUUAUUAUCUCCUUCACUUUCUUCAUUAAAUGUGGAAGUUUAUGGGCGACUUGAAUCUCUUUACAAAAAUAUGGAACUCUUUUUUAUGCGUCAUUCAGUGGAAAAAGCAUUUCAAUUGAAUGAACAAGACACUACAUCUACACCACCCAUUUCAUCUUUUGUUGAUGAUAUAAUGUAUGUACUAAGGAAAGUUAUCAAUAGAGCUUUGGAUACAAGCCAAUCCGCAUUGGUACAGGAAAUAUUGAUUGGAAUAAAGCGAAUAAUGGAGAUGGAUUAUAUUGGAAUUGUUCAGCGACAAAUGUUAGUAUGUAAGGGAAAAUUAAGUAACCAAACACUAUCUUUUAAAACAUCGGGAUCUAUCAAAAGCCCACCCAGAGUUGAGAAUGAGGAAAAUGAUUUUUUUUCUUUUAUUAUUUUACUUAAUAAUUUAGACAUAUCUCAAUCUUAUAUUAAAAAAAUAAUUUCUGAUAGCACAUGCGAGAAAAGUGCACCAAUAAAAAAACUAUUUCCACGUGAAAAUGAUACAGCAUUGGUGUAUCAAUAUAUUCAAUCAUUAGUUUCCUUACAAGAUCGAUUUCUUGAUAUUUUAAAUGAUGGGUUAAAUACUUUGUUUUUACACUUCAUUAAAGCUCGUUUGAAAAGACUACUUGAUGAUUGCUUUCGAAAAUCAUUAUACGUCAUAACAAGUACAUACUUUGAUGAGUUAGAACAGGAACAGCCCAUUCAAAGACAAUUUGUCCGUGGCUGGGACAAUCUUAUGGUUAAUUUUAAGAACCAAUUGACUGAUGAAAAUAUGAACCGUCUUGUAGAAAUUUCUGGACAACUCGUUGCAAAAAGUCUUGAGGGAAUCAUAUCUACUCUUAAAGUAAAUGAGUUAGGUGCAAUCCGUCUCGAUAAAGACAUAUCGGCCAUAUCAUCACAUAUAAUAUCUUACGGUUCAUAUCACUUGCAUAAAUUAUUUAUACAUGUAUAUGCAAUGAUCCGUGUUCUUUGUAGUGAUGCUGAUGCUCCUAUCACCGAUACUGCUGCAUUGCUUUCACAUAGUCAGAUUGAAGCGCUUCUCAAGCAGAUCAUUCGUAUAUAG